AUGUCAACCACUUAGUCAUCAUUUUUAAGUUCUCUUUCGAGUGAACCAGGAACCAUAGUUAUGUGACGACUGGAUCAUGAAUCCCACUCACAUAAAACAAAAUAAUAAUAAAUAAAUAAUUUUUUUUUGAAACAUAAGAAGUAUAUAUAUAAAUAACAUACAAUUUAUAGUAGUUUACUUCCUCCAGUUACGUCAUGCGAAUUUUCUGAAGGAGAAUUUUGGUUUAAGAAUCAUCACCUAUUUCUUUAUAUGUUAUUGGAGUUUUGGUCAAGUUUUGAUUUAUUUAUUUGUUAUUAUAAAAUAGCUAUCAGAUGAAAUUUAUAUCUACUUUUAUUUGAUUUAGGUUGAAAUAGUUUUAAUUUUAAGUUAUUCGAUUUUAAACAAAAUAAUAAUUAUUUUGGAAUUUAUACUAAAUUUUGUGAUUAUGCUUACAAAUAGGAUUCACUGGAAUACAUAAUAUGAUAAUGUCAACGCUUUAUAACAGAGUAUUUCUUUUUACCUAGGUAUUUAUAUGAAAAUAUUUUUGAUAGCAAAAAAAGUUAUUCAGAAAAUGAUGUUCAUCUAGUAAAUAAGAACAAGUUCACUUUUCAAUGUUACUCAAUAAAUAAAAUUUAAUAAAAAAGUUAUAUAGUUUAGAGGACAAAAGUUUAUCUUAUGUGAAUCAAUAAAACCAAAAUCAAAUUUAAAUAUUACCAAAAAUAAAGUAAUAAACUAUCACAAAUAAAUUUUUAUAUAUCAAAAUAGCAGCAUCAAAAUUUCUUAUAUAUAUAUAUAUAUAUAGUAUGUGUAGUUUAUAUAUAGUUUUCUUUUGAUUUGUUCCAUUCAGUUAUUACCAUAUACAGAUUCUGCAGUUUUUAUAAAAUGAUUAUCUAUAUUAUAUAUAUGAUAUAAUCAAAAUCCAACCGUAUAUAUUCUUUAUUUUAGUUUGGAUUGGAACAAUUUGGAUUGGUUUUACCAAAUUUAACCUUCUUAUUUUUAUUAUCCCUCUACUAGAAACUGAACUCAUAACAUAUUUCAAACCCAUAUAUACGAUGUGGCCGAUCCUAUCACGCACCCGCAAUUUGGUCGUCGGAUCUUCAAGUUAGUGAACUUUUAGAUCGUUUCAUGUAGACUAUUUUGCCGUCAAAGUGCCUAUGAUACCAGUUCAUAUUUGGUUACCCGAAGCUCAUGUAGAGACACCUACGGCAGGAUCCGUCAUCUUGGCAGGAAUUCCUUUAAAAUUUGGAACCCACGGGUUUUUAAGAUUUUCAAUACCCAUGUUUCCCGAAACACAACUUUGUUCUAUUCAGUUCUUGAUGUUACAAUAACUAAACAGUGUCUCGGUGAAUGAUGUCGGUAUACAGCCAAACACUGCUCUAGUCCUUAAUUUAUGUAGGGAAUGGUUUGUGUCCUUUUUUUUGGAGAAAUGUGGGUGGUGCCCUUUCCUUGUACAUGUUGAAUAGUCUUAGCUUUUCAAACCAGUGAUCAGAUAAUAAAUAUGUGCACCUUAUUAAUUGAACAUGGAAUUGAUUUGCUGUGGUGUCUCUUUAUCUAUUUAUUGGAAAUACAAAACAACUUUUCCAUUAUAUGUCGAUUGAAUAAACAUACUACUUUGUAAGGAAUAUUUCUUUCUUUUGUCUAUGAUCAUCUGACUAUUAUGCCAUUGAAAUGGUCUUUGAUAAGAAGUUUGUACAAACCUACGUACUAUAUAUACUUCCUAGCAGCUCAUCACUGGACCAAAGCUUAUAUAGUUUUAAGUACUCGGAUAAAAAAUAUAUACCAUGUAGCCAAGGUCCUAGAAAUGUCCAUAUAUUUUACCUUGCGGAUGAAUAAUCUAUUUUCGUAAACUUUAGUAUCUCGAACUUCCAAGAGUGAACAUUACAAGUAAAAGUGAAAUUUACUUAGUAGACAAGAAUAAUUAAGCACGUUAUUAAGUAGUGUGUAAGCUCAUGGACGCAAUCACAAGUACCAUGAAUUUCUUUGGAAAAACGUCAGUUUCCUUUAAACUUCCCAGCUCUUUCUAUCAAAAUUGAGAUUUGCGACUCUCAUCUGUCGUUCUCUCAUUAUGUCUUUAUAUAUAUAGAGUGAUGAGAUUGGGUUGAAAAGAGAGAAACAAAGUAACAGAAAAGCUUUAAAAAGGCAAAAAAAAAAUGAGGAGGCAGAGGGGAAGAGAAUUAGGAGAAGGAAGCUCAAUGUCGUGGAAGGAACAGCGAAACCUCAGAGAGAAAGAGCGACGAAUGCGCAUGAAACAUCUCUGCUUUACACUCUCUUCUCAUGUUUCUCCCACUCAUAGGUUGCCGGUGCCUCAGCUUAUAGACCAUUCGGCAUCAUACAUGAUCCAAUUAAAAGAGAAGGUAAAUAAAUUGAGGGAGAAGAAAAAGACUUUGUUAGGAGAAGUUGGGAAUCACUCUGAAGGGUCGUCGUUUAAUCUGCCGAAACUCAGUAUUUGUUCGCGGGGCUCGAUCAUAAAAAUGAAUCUGAUUAUGGACCUGAACAUGAAAAGAGUGAUGCUACAUGAGCUUGUUAGUGUUUUUGAAGAAGAAGGAGCUCAAGUUAUGAGUGCUAAUCUUCAAAACUUGAAUGAUAGGAUCACUUACACAGUCACAGCUCAGGCCAUCAUAUGUCGGAUCGGCAUCGAUCCAUCAAGGAUAGAAGAGAGAUUAAGGGAUAUCAUCUUUUGAUAAAAAAAUUUAAAGCAUUAUUCUAAAUCUCGAGUUAUUAGCCUAUGCGCAAUGUUGUUUAUUUUUUAACUGAAAAAAAAAAACAAUGUAUAAGUUUUUAGGGUGUGUUUUUACGGGUUUACCAAUGUAUAAGUUUUUUAAACCAGAUAUGAGUAUUCUUUUUAUAUGUUGUUUUCAGUUCGGUUAUGUUAGCAUGCGUAAAACCUUUUAACGGAAAUUAGUCGAUGAUAUUUCCUUAAAGUAAAUGCAUAUUUUUAUUUGAGUAA